AUUGUACAUUUGUUAAAUUGUUCCCCCUCUUAUCCGAGCAACAGUUACAGACAACCGCAGUUUCUAGAAAAAUCUGAAAUAACCUUCUACAGUAUAUAAAAUGCCGUCUGGAAAAAACUUUAGGAAGAGAAGAGACUCGUCGGAUGUGGAGGAGGACGAGACUACCGAAGACGUGAGAAUGAAGUUAGAAGAGGCCAAAGAGCUACAGAGUCUGCGCAAACGACAGACCGGAGUCAGUGUGACCGCCCUACUGGUUGGAGAAAAACUGCCUCCAGAGGCUGAAAUUGAGAACGACCCGUUUAAACUGAAGACUGGAGGAAUUGUUGAUAUGAAGAAAGUAAAAGACAGGAACAGGGACAUGACAGAAGACGAGACAGACCUCAACCUGGGGACGUCAUUUUCAGCUGAGACUAACAGAAGAGACGAAGAUGCAGACAUGAUGAAAUAUAUUGAGACAGAGCUAAAAAAGAAGAAAGGCUUAGUGGAGGCUGAGGAACAAAAAGUUAAAGUGAAGAAUCCAGAGGACCAUCUGUAUGAGCUGCCCGAGAACAUCCGAGUCAACUCUGCCAAGAAAACAGAGGAGAUGUUGUCCAAUCAGAUGCUGAGUGGCAUCCCUGAAGUUGAUCUCGGCAUUGAUGCAAAGAUAAAGAACAUCAUCCAGACAGAAGAGGCCAAAGCAAAGCUUUUGGCAGAACAAAGGAACAAGAAAAAAGACCACGGUACAUCAUUUGUACCCACUAACAUUGCUGUUAACUACGUCCAACACAACCGCUUCUAUCAUGAAGAUGCCAAUGCACCACAGAGGCACCACAGACACAAAGAAGAACCCAAAGCAAGACCACUGCGAGUGGGUGACACAGAGAAACCAGGUCCAGAGGCGCCGUCACCACCCAACUAUCGCAAACGUCCAAACAAUGAGAAGGCUACAGAUGACUACCACUAUGAGAAGUUCAAGAAGAUGAAUCGACGAUAUUGAAGAGAUGGAUUUUUUUUUUCCCACUCCUUUUAAAUACUCAGUGAUUUCUUCUCUUUAAAGGUUGAACCAUAAAUCAUUUAAGGACUGGUUUUCAAAAGCAAGUUAAUGGCACAGCUCUAAAGUUUGUUGUAUAUAGCUGUAUAUAGCUCCUGCUGUUUGCCUAUGUCCAGUACCAUUGUUAUGUCUUUGAUCUCUUUUGCCCAGGAUUGUCUCAAUAAGGAAUAAUAUGAGGGAAGCAUGAAGCACAUAAAAUAUUCAAAUUGAGCAGCGCUUUUUUUGCCCACUCCUAUGUUUAACUGUGUGUUUGUUUUUUAAAGCUGUCAGGGAACAAAAAAGAUUUUAUUAAAAAGACAACCAACAACAGUG